AUGAGCCACGGAGGAUACCUCACCCUCCUGGGGGUUCCUUCUAUCUUCGCCAUCAUCGCAAACAUCGGACGCCUUCGCUGGUUAAACAGCAACUGCAAAGCCCAUGGUUAUGGUAGAACCAACCUGAUCUACUGGCCCACUCAAUCGUUCAUCGUCCUUGCGGCGCUUGUCAUGAUCUCCCUUGCUGCUACUUUGGAAUGGCACCACUCGGAUUCCGAUGGCAUGUUGGCAGGCGUAUUGUUGACUCUCGCUGCAUGCCUGACGGCGCUUCCCUUGAAUGCUGCUGCGCAUCGCUUCGAGACUCGUUCGUCCGACUACCUCUUUUCGUUUCUCACCACAGCAGUAUCGGCCUCAUUGGUUGCCCUCUACAUCCUCUCAGAGUCCGACCCAUGGCCCACAUCGACCUUUGAUCACAUCUCCUACUUUGCCAUGGCCAUCAUGUGUGCUCUCCUCGUCGAGUCCUUUCCUCGCACGGCGACCAAGGUCCAACGGCUCGCCCGGGAAAAGGAAAAUUUGAGCGAUUACCAGCAAGCCAAUCUCUGUUCCCGCCUCACAUAUCAUUACUACCAACGGAUCGUCAGUACCGGAGCAAGGCGUCCCCUCACUGGAGAUGAUCUGGUCAAUACCACUCCUGCCAACCUAAACACGAACGUCAACUACCAGCAGGUGGUCGCCUACUGGGAGAGGAGCAAGGAGCGAGAUCAGGCCAAGGGUAAGGAGCCCUCUUUCAUUUGGACAGUCCUGGAUGCCUACAAGGGCGAUAUCGCUGUGAUGCUCAGCUACCGUGUUGCCGGUUUUGCUCUGCUUUAUGUCCCUCCCAUGCUGUUCGGUCAAUUGCUCCAGUUCAUCGGCGACUACUCUGCAGCGGUCCGUGACGGAUCCCACCCCCCGCCGAUGAAGAUUGGGUUCAUAAUUGCAGGAGCCAUGUUCAUUUCCAACCUGGCUAGUACCUUUUUGCUCUGUGUUGCCUUCCAGGGCAACACGGAUUUGGGUCUCCAAGCUCGUGCAGCGACGAUUGCAAUGAUUUAUCGCAAAUCCCUCCGCCUCUCCCCUCAGGCUAAGCAAUCGUGCACCCUGGGUGAGAUUACUAACCAUAUGGCCGUCGAUGCUGAGCGUUGGGUCGAUGCCUCGAUCUACUUGCCGUUGCUUGUUACUGUCCCAUUCGAAUUGGUUGUUGCGAUCUACCUUCUCUAUCAACUGCUCGGAUGGUCGCUGUUUGCUGGACUGGCUGUCUUUUUUAUCCUGGUCCCCAUCCAGGUCAAGAUGGCUGGUGUCAUGAACGGAUUCCAGGACGAGAAGCUCAAGUGGAUGGACAGCCGUCUCCGCCUCAUGACCGAGAUCCUAACCAACAUCAAGAUCGUCAAGCUGUACAACUGGGAGGUGCCCUUUCGCCAAAAGAUCAACGUCCUCCGCACCAAAGAGUUGAAGGCCCUCAAAGGCCUGGCGACUGUCAGCUCCUUGUUGGCAAUCAUCUUUUCUUCAAUCACUCUGCUCAUGGCCCUGGUCACUUUCUCAGUCUAUGCCUACAUUGGUGGCCCCAACAUGACCCCUGGAAAGCUGAGCUCGGAAAUCAUCUUUGUCAGUAUCACCCUCUUUGGUAUCAUGAACCGCCCGCUUGGCUUGGUCGCCCAUAUGAUCUCCAAAACCAUCGCUGUUGAUGUCGCUAUGAAACGUAUCACGAACUUUCUGCUGAUGGAGGAGAUCGAUACGUCAGUCGUUAAUCGUUAUAGCCGCCAGCCAAGGUCGCUGACGUCUGGACAGGAUGAGGAGCCCGUCUUGGCUGUCAACAUUGAGCAGGGCACUUUUUCUUGGGAGAAACAGGAACCCGCCACCGCAACCUCAGUCGUCGACCAGGAUACCUCGUCACUGGGAGAGAGACAGCCCCUUCUUUCGGCUGCCAGGACCCAACCUCAAUCGGCAAUUGCUGUCAAGGCGACUCUCACCAACAUCAGCCUUCGCGUUCCUGAUGGUAAUUUGACCGCCUUUGUUGGACGUAUUGGUCAGGGCAAGUCGUCACUGAUGAGCGCUAUCAUGGGUGAAAUGUACAAGUUGCAUGGAUCUGUCACUGUCUAUGGCGACCUCGCUUAUGUUCCCCAGCAAGCAUGGAUCAUCAACGCUACUGUGAGUGCACAAAUCAUGAACCUCAUUGAGUACUCUGUCCGAGAUAACAUUAUUUUCGGAAAGGCAUUCGACCAAGUCUUGUACGAACGCGUUAUUUAUGCUUCUGGAUUGAAGCCUGAUUUUGAGAUGCUGUCCGCUGGUGACCAAACUGAAAUUGGAGAGCGCGGUAUCAACUUGUCAGGAGGUCAAAAGCAACGUGUCUCUUUGGCCCGCGCUGCCUACCAGGAUGCCGACAUCUACAUAUUGGACGAUCCUCUCAGUGCCGUUGAUGCCCACGUCGAUCAACACCUGUGGCAGAACUUGCUUGGACCAGAGGGAUUGCUCAAGGACAAGACCCGCCUCUUGGUCACCCAUGGUAUUCAUCACUUGGAGAACGUCGAUCAGAUUGUGGUCUUGAAGGACGGAGUCAUCUCAGAGACAGGCGAGUACCAGCAUUUGAUGAACGCUCGCGGGGCGUUUUACCAGUUGAUCAAGGACUUUUCUGUCGCUAAGAAAAAGAAGAAACACAACAACAAGCUAGAGACUCAACAGGAACAGCUUGCAGAGGACAAUGGAGGCGAGUCGACUGCCAAUGCAUCUGCUAGUAGCAGCAUUCGCAAGUCUGGUAGCGACAGUGACACUGAGGGCGACGGCAAGUCCAGUGAGGAGAACAUUCAUGCUGACAAGGCGAUGGCUCCUUCCAAGAAGCCAGCUCCUCUUGAGGACCCCAAGGAUGAUGCCGGUGAGCUUAUUGCCGAUGAGCGGAUGGAGGAAGGCAAGGUUGGCUGGAAAGUUGCCAUCAUCUAUGGCAAGGCUGCCGACACUGAAGAGCGCGACCGUUCAGGACAAGUAGGUCGCCCUAUCUCUUACUAUCUCCAAGGAUAUGGCAUGCUCGUCCUUCUCUACAUGGUCCUGGACAUCACUGAAAACUAUGUCACUGAAGCCGUCUGUGGUAUCCAGGCUUCCAAGGUCCUUCACGAGAACCUCUUGGAUCGUGUCCUUCGCCUCCCCAUGGCCUUCUUCGAUGUCACUCCAAUGGGUCGUAUUGUCAACAGGUUCUCGUCUGACAUUUACUCGAUCGACGCACAGAUGCCCGAGGAAUGGAACGAUCUGUUUAGGUUUGGAUCCAUCAUCUUAGGAACGCUCUUUGUCAUCGCCUACUCGACCCCCGUCUUCCUACUUGCGAUCCCUCCCUUGGUGUUGACCUACGCCUGGGUCCAGGGCUACUUUAUCAAGAGUUCUGGUUCUCUCAAGCGUCUCUACUCUGUUUCAAAGUCGCCGCUCUACCAGCAUUUCAGCGAAACCUUGACCGGUGUUUCGACUAUCCGGGUGAUGAAGGGGUUGCAGGAUCAGUUUGUUGAAGAGAACGAACGCCGUGGCGAUUUGAUCGGAAACCGAUUCAACGCUUACUGUCUCAACAACCGGUGGCUGCAGAUCCGUCUCGAGACACUUGGUGCCUGUACUGUCUUUAUCGCGGCCGCUUUGGCUGUCUGGAAUGCUGGAUCCCUGGAUCCUUCUUUGGUUGGUCUGGCGCUGAGUUAUUCAUUAGCCAUGGUGCAGUACAUCAACUAUAUGGUCCGUACUGUUAGUGAGGUCCAGAACAUCUUGGUGUCUGUCGAGCGUGUGGAUGAGUAUACCCAGAAACCUACUGAGGCCCCCGUCGAGACUGGAGUCGUCUUGCCCGAGAACUGGCCUUCGCAGGGUCAAAUCGUCUUCAAGAACUACUGUGCCCGUUACCGUGAGGGGUUGGACUUGGUCGUCAAAGAUAUCUCGUUCACUGUCGCACCUACAGAGAAGGUUGGUAUUGUCGGCCGUACCGGUGCUGGCAAGUCUUCGUUGACUCUGGCGCUGUUCCGUAUCAUUGAGGCAGCCGACAGCUACUGGGCCAAGGCCAGUGAUCCCAACUUUAGCGCAGCCGAGCGCCGGUUUAUGGACACUGUCCAGCAGACAUUUUCAACUGACGGAGAGGGUAGUGGUGGAUCUAUUGAGAUUGAUGGUGUUGACAUCUCAACGCUUGGAUUGAAGGACCUCCGUCAGCACUUGUCGAUUAUCCCUCAGGAUCCUACUCUGUUUGCUGGUACUGUCCGCGACAACUUGGAUCCCUUUGGGGAGCAUACGGACAGGGAUCUGUGGGAGGCUCUCGAACGCGCCCAUCUCAAGUCGCAUAUCUCCGCCCUCACUGGCGGCCUAUCCUUUGAGGUCGCCCAAAAUGGAGACAACUUUUCGGUGGGCCAGCGGUCGUUGAUCUGUCUCGCCCGCGCGCUCCUCCGCAAGACCAAGGUCCUAGUCCUUGACGAAGCCACGGCUGCUGUGGAUGUCGAGACGGACGACCUGAUCCAGAAGACGAUCCGCAAGGAGUUCAAGGACAGGACGAUUCUGACAAUUGCGCAUCGUAUCAAGACUGUCAUGGAUUCGGACAAGAUCCUGGUGUUGGAGAAGGGACGCGUUCAGGAAUUCGAGUCGCCUAGGACACUGUUGUCUAGGAAGGAGUCGUUGUUUUAUCAACUUGCUGAGCAGGCUGGUGAAAUCGAUACGCCUCAUCAUCUCUAG